AUGUAUGUUGAAUGGGAGUGUGGGCAGGUCGGGCCCAGGCCCCCUAUCGUCCUGUACCCCCUGCCCGCUCCCGGACGCCCCCCGAAGGACUCCCCAGCGCCCCACCCCGCUGACACCGAGGGCCCCCUGACUCAGCCUCCCAACCUGCAGCUCCGCGCCGAGUCCCGCGGUGCGCCCCCCGCGCCCUCCUCUCGGUUCCCUCUGAGUCCCGUCACUUCCACGUCGCGCCACCUCAGACUCUCUCCCCGCACCCUGGACUGCUUCCAGGAUCUUCACCCCGGUCGCCGCGCAGCGGCCGGUGGUCUAACCAGAAAGUGUCAGGCUGGCCGCUUAGUUCGCCUUAGCUCCUCUCCUACCUCUCCCCCUGCAGAUCCCGACUGGGCCUCUUACAAGCUGGGGAUCUUCAUCUGUCUCAACUGCUGCGGUGUCCACCGUAACUUCCCUGACAUCAGCAGAGUUAAAUCCGUGCGUCUUGACUUCUGGGACGACAGUAUUGUGGAGUUUAUGACCCACAAUGGGAACCUCCGUGUGAAGGCCAAGUUCGAAGCCAGAGUCCCAGCUUUCUACUACAUCCCCCAGGCCAACGACUGCCUGGUCUUAAAGGAACAAUGGAUUCGAGCUAAGUAUGAGAGACGGGAAUUUAUGGCUGACGGGGAAACCAUCUCACUCCCAGGUAACCGAGAAGGAUUCCUGUGGAAGCGAGGAAGGGACAACUCACAGUUUCUGAGAAGGAGGUUUGUACUUCUGGCAAGAGAAGGCCUCCUGAAGUACUACACAAAAGAAGGGGGUAAAAACCCCAAAGCUGUCAUCAGCAUUAAGGACUUGAAUGCCACCUUCCAGACAGAGAAGAUAGGGCACCCCCACGGGCUGCAGAUCACCUACAGGAGAGAUGGCCACAUCAGGAACCUGUUUGUGUAUCAUGAAAGUGGGAAGGAGAUAGUGGACUGGUUCAAUGCCCUGCGUGCAGCCCGUCUGCAGUAUCUAAAAUUGGCUUUUCCUGAACUCCCGGAGUCUGAGCUCGUGCCAUUCCUCACCAGGAACUACCUCAAACAAGGCUUCAUGGAAAAGACUGGGCCAAAGCAGAGAGAACCUUUCAAGAAAAGGUGGUUCACCCUGGAUUGCCAUGAGCGGAGGCUGCUCUAUUACAAGAACCCACUGGAUGCCUUCGAGCAGGGCCAGGUUUUUCUGGGGAACAAGGAGCAGGGAUAUGAAGUCUAUGAAGACCUGCCCAAGGGCAUCCGAGGAAAUCGCUGGAAAGCCGGACUCACCAUUGUCACCCCAGAGCGGAGAUAUGUCCUCACUUGCCCCAACGAGAAGGAGCAGCAGGAAUGGCUGGAAAGUUUGCGGGGUGUCCUGUCCAGCCCCUUGACGCUCCUCAACUGCCUCACUGCAUCAACAGAGAGUGGCCGCAGCAGCAGGUGACCCAUUAACUGAGGGACUGGCUGCCACUGAACACCUGGAGCGCCUUGUAGGAAGGAGAAGUUCGCACCUCGACCCUGGCUGCCCACCAUCAGUGCCCCGCAGUCAGCAGCCAUCCCUGGCAGUGAACUCUGCCAGGACUGAAACUGUGGCUUUAUCCAUCAGCUCCCUGAGCCUUCCCCCCAACACACCCCAGGGAUCUGAGGAUCUGGUACAUAAACGAACAUCUAUCCCCUCCUCCCCCAUAUACACCCAGGCUUGAAAUGCCCUACAGGCCCAGAACUUUCUCACAUCUGGAAUGGAGGCAUUGCAAUGAAAAGGCACCCACAGCAUCAUGCAAGUGGCAUCUUGU